AUGCUUAUUUUUACCUCGUCAGUUGUUGCAGCUCUUCUCGGAUCUGUCGCCUGCUUCGUCGUUCCCACAAACCUACCAGAUGGAUUUUAUACCGUUUACGAAGGCUCGGACAUUCCUAUCCGCCAACCCGACAUCGAACUCCAAGCGACCGGCGCCAGAGAUGUAUCAAACCAUCCGCGAAACCUGUUCAAACGCUUGGUGGACCCUUUAACUCAUUGCGAUAACUACGCAUUUAAUGGUGACAAUUACAGUACAGCCCUUCGGGUAAAACCCCCUCAAAUCUCAGUUUGCGGUGGUGAUAUAUGUACUAAUUACAUCUAAACAGAAUAUGAAUUCCUGGUGUAACGACCAAGGGGGAGCACUCGCUGGGAAUACAUUGAAAUUUUUCGUUUCCGGUACCGCUGUUGCUUAUGUCUGGUAUGUUAAAGUCCCUGCUAGAUUACUGAGAAACUACUAAUAUUCAAUUUUAGUAAUUAUACAGAUGGUAGAAACACGUAGGCAAUUUCAAUGCUCUCUCCUUACAGAAGUUUGAUCAUCUCAUAUCCCUAAUAAUGCUCUAGAUGUUUUCAUGAGUUCGAACAAGCUAAUGAUAUCAUGGACGUCGUCUGUGGUCGGGGCAGACCAGUUAGUGUCCACGUAGCAGCAUAUGCGAAAACCCUUGGAAGAGCGAAUACUGGCGUUGAUAUCUGCUUUGCGGGUACACAUGCAAAGACGAUUGAAUAG